UCAUAGUCCGUUUGACUAUAAAUACCGCCUCUUCUCUUUGUAUGAAAAAAGGAUCUCUGGUUUCCUGACCUUUUUGCACCGCACACGUAACAGAAGCGUCGAUGACAAAAAUGUAGAAGAGCUUGAGAUGCCAGGAACUAUCGUAAGGAACCAAGAGGAUGACACUGUUGCGACGAAAGCGAACCAAGAAGACGAUACGAUUGUGAUUGCAUAGUUAGAUCACCAAGAAGCGCCUGAUACCGCAGCCAUUGGCAUCAAUUAUCAAAUGUCAGAGAAUCCCGAGAUUAACGCGCAGUGGUUGUUGGAAUCUGUCAACAUUCUCUGCGACAUUCCGACAUUUCACAUUGCGAAAAGCAGACGGAAAUUUUUUCCCAUCAGCUUAGCCGAAAUGAGAAGUGAACAAGAAAGAAAGAAGACAGCAGAAAAACCGAAUGUGAAGGAACUUCCUAGAGGUGUUCGUGUCGCAAACCCUGACACAUUCAGAGGAACGCGCACAGCAAGCGCAGUAGAAGAUUGGAUUUUCUCCAUGGAACGAUAUCGAAACAUCGUACCCAUGACAUCCAUCCGACAAGUUGCCUUUGCAGUCAACCUGUUACGCGAAGACGCCAGCUUGUGGUGGCAACAAUUUGGAUUACGACGUCCGGAAAGUGAGGAAUAGCUGACUGGACCACUUUCUGCGGAUACUUCCAUGCUGAAUUCAAGCCAAGAAAUUCAGAAGCUAUUUUCCGACAGCAACUCCAUAACGAGUGGUUGAAGGCAUUCUCAAGAUGUCAGGUAAAUCAACGAAAAUAAAAAGUACAUCAUGACGAAAUGCAUCCUUUAGACGUACCAGCAGAAUUCCAUCGUUGACAUCUGGACUUUAUCGGCCCAGUGGAUUACCUCCGACCCUAAAGUCACUAAAGAUGUGGCCGACGGCAUUCGCUG